AGAUUUUGGCUCAAAGCCAUCAUCAAUCACUAUCUGGCCGAGUGGGCCAUGUUGGGCGGCUCAAACUCGCGCUCUUCGAGCAGCUCACCUUCUUCUCCGUUGCUCAGGACUGAAAGCACUGCCACCGAAGCAGAUAUUGUCGAGCACUGGGUCGGUAAGCUAGAGGGAUGCCCACCACUUCUUGCCCAACUUCCGACAGAUCAGUUGGGACCAGCUGAACAACAUCGAGAGGCAGAACUUGUGUCCGUCACAUCUUGGCUAAAAGGAACCGCUCUGCCACACGACAACACUGCAGAAGCCACUGCACGACUCAUAUGUGGCUUGGCCACCCUGAUGGGCAGGUAUAGUCUGGCUACUGAGCUGGGCCUCGGCCUUUGGCGGAGUGACCUGAGCUCGCCGGGCUGUCAGCCCAUGCGGGUGAGCCUGCUGAGGCAGCCUGGUGAUGCAACUCCAGUGCUAGGAUCCAGAGUGGCAGAAGAGGAAAGCUCUGUGGUAGCGCCUCUAUCAUCGUAUUCUUCCGCCGAAUGCUUUAUUCAGCGAAUUCAGAAGGAGGUACUGCUCUUCAAGGACUCGCGGUUGCUCCUUUGCGAAAGCGGCCUACGCGAGCUGGAUAAGCAUUCCCAGCGCGAGGCCCCGCCGAGUGCAAGCUUGCAACGCUCCCAAGUGCUAGAGAUUUUCCUGGUGCUGGGGAGCGAAGCAGAGCCACCAGUUUCCUGUCCACAGGCUGCCAUAACCUUGGCUUGCCCACGAUGGCCACCUCGCUCCAACCAUGAAACAAAACUUGAGAUGCGGUGCCAGCGGGGACAUUUUUCACCAGAGACUAUUUCGAGGAUGCUUAGACACCUCACCACGUUUAUGAAUUCGCAGACAUGGGGUCCACAACUUGCCCUAUGCCAACAUUCACUUCAAAAGGAUGGCUCCGAAGACGAGCAGGAAGUGUCUGGUUUUGCUGAUGCUUUCAGUUCCUCUUGCUACAUGCCUGGAGCGAAAGAUUAUUUCAAUCCCGACAGAUCAAUCUCCUCAAUGAUUGAGGCUGUUGCCAAAGCCUUCCCCAAUGAGCUGGCGCUACUGGAUGAUUCUUCCGGGGCCACAUAUUCCUAUCAGGAGCUGCUGAAGAUGUCAAGUUCAUUGGCCUUUGCUCUACGACUCGCCGGUGUCUUCCCGGACAACUUGGUCCCUCUGAUGGCGGCCCGUGGAGUUGAAAUGAUUCUGGGCAUCCUCGGGAUUCUUCGGACUGGAAGUGGCUAUGUACCACUUGAUCUUCACUGGCCAGAGGAUAGACUUGAAGAUGUUUUGAGACAGUGUUCCAGCAAGGUGGUCUUGGCCUCUUCGGACUGUCACUCAAAGCUGUCGGCGAUUGCCUGGAGGGUCUCUUCAGUCACUUCGGUCUUGGAUGUGAGGACCCGGGUCGAGGGCCCUGGAGUGGCCGACGAAGGCCAGGGCAGCACAUUGGCCUAUACCUUCUUCACCUCGGGCACGACGGGAAAGCCCAAAGGAGUGAUGGUGGAGAACAAAGGCUUGGUCCAUAGAGUGCACUGGUUCCAGCAGCGAUGGCCCUUGUAUCCUGGGGAAGGCAUCGUCUCCAAGGUGGCAUACACUUUUGGCCUCUCCGAAUGGGAGAUUUUCUGGCCGCUCACAGCGGGUGCUGCCUUGAUCCUGGCGCCACCAGGUGGAGAAAAAGACGCGGAGUACCUGCUCCGCCGAGCCUGCCACGCCUUUCAUCCCCCAUCGCGGCAGGAGCGACUGAUUCCUGGAAAAGGACCUUCACCAGAUCAUGUGAACUGUGUCAGUGCUCAUAUUUUUGUGCCCUCAAUGUUGCAGAUGAUUUUCGACAAGUAUGAUGAGUUGGAAGAGGAGGAUAUGCAACGGAAGGCAGGUGAGCACCACGUGGAUGGAACAUGGUGGCAUCACUCCAAAGCUCGGGACAUUGUCACCUGUGGCGAAGCCUUGAACCCUUCUUUGACCCAGAAGAUGUUCUCAUGCUUCCAUCACUGUACGCUGACCAACUUGUACGGCCCCACGGAAGGGGAGAUGACGUACUGGGAGGUCCCGCAGGGCCGGGCUGUGCUCCGUGUCUCAGCGGGUGCUCCCAUGGAAGGCUGCAAGGUGGUGCUGGCGGACCUUCGUGACAGCAAGUCCGCAGCGAUGCUGGAGCCCGCCGAGAUCGCCUUCGGAGGGCCUUUUAUUGCGCGGGGCUACUUGGGAAGGCCGGACCUCGACAAGAAGGCCUUCGUGCCAGACUUCACGACGAUUCGCUCGGACUCAUCUCUGGAGUCUGGGGAUUCUUCCACUCUGGCGGGAUCAUCACCCUGCGAGAGCACCCCAUUGAGCAACGAGAGCGCGGAGGCAGCGAGCAUGAUGCGGCGCCGAGGUGCCGGGACGCUGACAUCUUGGGCCAACAGCGAGGACGGAUCAAGUCCUCGAAAGAAGACUUUAAUGGAUCGGCUGUACAUGACAGGCGAUCUGGGACGCUGGCGAGAAGGUGGCGUGAUUGACCUUUUGGGCCGCAAGGAUUUCCAGGUGAAGCUACGAGGCUUUCGUAUCGAGCUGGGCGAGAUCGAAGCGGCCUGUCGAGCAGCCGGAGCGCGGGCUGCGGUGUGCGUUUUGCACAAGAACGGCAACGGUAUGGAUGGAUUGGUGGCUUACUUUGAGCCAGGUUCGGACGAAGUGCGGGAAGCCAGCGUGCGAGCAUCCUGCCAAAAGUCCUUACCAUCUUACAUGCAGCCGCAAGUCAUCGUAAGAUUGGAGCAGCUGCCGCGGAACACAAAUGGCAAGAUUGACAGAGCCAAGCUCCCAGAACCUCUAAUGCCUACAACGCCCAGUACGACCUGCAGCCCACCCGAGACUUCUGUACAGAAGAUGCUUGUGAACAUCAUCUCGGAGCUCUUAGGUCUGCCAGUGGGCGCCAUAGGCUUGGAUGCUGACUUUCAAGAACUUGGCGGAAAUAGCCUCCUCAUGGGCCGGGCCAGCUCUGCCAUCAAGAAGGCCUUCAGAUUGAGCAACUUCAAAGGGACUGCGAUGUAUCAGCUUGGCACCGUCAGACGCAUCGCCGCGUCCAUCGAAUCCAUGCUGCACAGCAGCAGCGAAUCCAUGGAUGAGAAGACCUUGAGUAAUCGGCUGGCGACGGCUCAGCAACCCCGCCAGUCGACAUGUAGCUCGAUGUCCUUUGGUUCCAUUUGUGCGCAAACAUUUGGGGUCUUUUGGUUGAGCUUCCUGCUCCAACGCCAGGCGUGGUCGCCAGCUUGGUGGGCGGCAUGGUAUAUUUGGUGGUAUUUUGGAGAGAAGGCAUUUUUCCUCUACCUUCCCUGUGCAGCCUUCUUGGACCUCCUGGUGAUGUUGAUGGUUGCCGUGCUCAUGAAAUGGAUUGUUUUGGGCCGUGUGAAGCCAGGCAAGAUAGAGCUUUGGUCUUUUGACUACUACAAGUGGUGGUUUGUCAACAAUUUGCUGAAAGCAACCAUUGAACAUAUGAUGCCUAUCAUCGGAGAGACCCCACUGGCGAAUUGCUUCUUGCGGCUGCUGGGAGCAAAUAUUGGCCCGGGCGCAAGGAUCAGUCCAUGCACAAUACAUGACCCAGACCUGAUAGAGGUUGGUGCAAAUGCUACAAUUGGCAAACGUGUCAAGCUGGCGACUUCAAGCGUGCUGCAUGGGCAGGUCCACCUGGAUUACAUUCGAAUAGGCAAUGCAGCUGCCGUGGGGCCAACUGCGGUGUUGUCGCAAAACACCUGUGUCCCCGACCAAAAGGCAGUGCUGCCCUUGUCAACGAUGCCAGGCUGGCAUGGCCCUAUCGGCUCGGUGGCCUUUUGCAACGCCCAGCCGCCCAUCGGAGAUGAAACGUUUCAACACAGACAAAGUCUUCUGCGGGUUCUGUUCGGCAUGCCUGCAGUGCUUAUCCUGGAGGUUCUCCCGCUCUAUCCAACCUAUUUCAUCCUGGCCUGGACCUACUACCGCUUUGAGGAGUAUUCUCCCGAGUACGGCUACUACCUUUGGUGUGUUUGUUUGGCAUGGAUAUUUAUGCAUCCGAUCAACUUCUUUCGGGCGGUCGUCAUUGUUCUGCAAAAGUGGAUUCUGAUAGGCGAUUUCCGAAAGCAGAAGAAGGAUCAAAUCAGUCAUUGGAAUGAGUGGAAGACUUGGGUCCACGGCCGUGCAUCGGAAAAUCAUGAUUUCGAGGAGCUUUGCCAAUUCUUUACCAAUACCGAGUUCCUCUCGUGGCUCUACCGAGCCUUGGGUACCAAGAUCGGCCACCGGGUGCAGAUCGAUCAGUUGGAUAUGGUGGAACACGACUGCAUACAUGUGGAUGAUUAUGUGGUCUUUGGCAUCAAAGUCUUGCUCGCCAGUGAUGUGAACGCACCCUGGGUGCCUCUGGAGUACAGCAGGAAAAUGGAGCAGCAACGAGGACCAAAGCAACGCUAUGCAGACAUCCGAAUCUGCCGAGGGGCCAACGUUUUGGAUCAUUGCACGCUCCUGCCGGGUGUCACCGUCGCUGAACGGGCAGUGUUGGGAACCUACACCUUGGCCACAGCAGGGAGUUACUACCCUCCGCUGGCCAUUCAUUCCGGGAAUCAGCGAGGCCGGUCGAUGCAUUUGCGCGACUACCUUGCUUCACCAUCCAUGCGGGAGCUGGAGGACAAGACUAUGCAGGAUUUGGAUAGCCCAAUUACCUGGUGGAGGUUCAACUUGGUCAUCCUUCUGGUCAUCCUGUUUGCCAGCCCAUUGCCAACAGCUGCUUGGGUGGUCACGUACUUUGGAGUAACUACACUCUGGGACUUUGAAAGCGAAGGCAUAUUGACAGGGCUGCUCGUGACUCCUUUUGUCUUCAAUUCAAUCGAACUUUUUCUGCUCCUACUGAACAUUUUGCUCAAGUGGAUUGUCAUUGGCAGGUAUAAGGCGGGUGAAUACAAGUUCUUCGGCUCCUACCAUACCUGUUGGAUGUGCAUCUCCAUUUGUGGACGAGGCAUAAGUGCGCUCCACGAUAGUUUUCGAGGCAGUGUUUUUGAGGUGUUGUUGGCUCGUGCUCUAGGAGCUAAGGUUGGCAAGGAGUGCUAUUUGAGUGGCCUUAUGGUCGAAUAUGACUUGCUGACCAUAGGUGACCAUGUUGCAAUUGGCUGUGGGUGCGACACCACUGGACAUACCGUGGAGAACAUGGUCAUCAAGCUUGCACCGACGAGGAUCGCAGAUGGUGCAGCGCUGUUGCCAGGAUCUUUUGCGAUGCCUGGCUCGGAGAUCGAGGAUGAGGCGGUGCUCAUGGAACACACGCAGGUCUUGAAAGGAGAAACAGUGCCAUCAAGAGAGGUCUGGGCAGGCAUGCCAGCCUCAAGCUGCAGGCCUGUGCCAAAGUGAACGGGCCCCGCAUGUCAUCAUAUGCCCUACAUGUUUUGCUAUGGCUCAAAGAGAUAGGGGUAAAUUGGGUG